AUGCUAGACCUUCUAUCUACCUCCAGGGUGGGCUGGGCCAUCGCCCUUGUCAUUGGCACUCUGGUACUUCGAUUCUUACAACGCCUGCAUUUCCAACGAAGUCUGAUGAGAAAUUUGCCAGGACCGCCUCAUAGCUACGUCUUUGGCUCUUUGCUGUCCGUGGCAAAAGUUCUGGCGACACAGCCAUCUAAUGCCGCACCCCAAACUUUCAUAGGUCUCCUUCGAGAGUACUACGACCUGCCCGACAUCUUCUACUUUGAUCCCUGGCCUCUAGGCGAUCCCGUGAUGGCGAUCUUUCGCACCGAUAUUGCCAACGAGAUCCUCGUCAAGAACUCUCUUCCAAAGCAUCCGAUCGUGGAUUCUUUCAUGAGCAACUUCGGUGGGCCAGCGAACCUAGUCUCCAGCGAAGGAAAAGUGUGGAGGAAAUGGCGUUCGGCGUUCAACCCUGGUUUCAGCAAUAGCCAUCUCAUGACCCUGGUCGGGCAGGUUGUUCAAGAUUGCCAGGUCUUUGCGGACAUCAUGAGUGAUCAUGCCAAGAAUGACGAUCUCUUCAGGUUGGAGCCCGCUUCAAUGAAACUCACUGUCAACAUUAUCGGCCGGCUCGUUCUGGGUCUAGACCUCAACGCCCAGAGAGGUCGCAGCGUUCUCCUCGAUGCAUUCAGUAGUCAGAUCCGAUGGCAAGCACAAGGCGCACAGUUCCAGCCUAGUGAGCUUUGGGAUAUUCGAAGGCCAUUUGUUCUGCGUUACAAUAUCUGGAAGAUGGACAGAUUCAUCACCGGGAAGCUUGAGGAGCGAUUUGCGUCCUCCACUGAUAGAGGCAAGACCAAGCACAUCGUCGAUCUUGCUCUCGAGGCAUACCGAAAGGAACAGGGCAUCACAAGCGAUCUUCGCGACAUGAAAGAUCUGGAUCCAGAGUUCAAGCGAGCCGCGAUCAGUAACCUCAAAGCGUUUAUGUUUGCUGGGCACGACACUACAGCUUCGGCAAUCACCUACUCGUACUACUACCUCAGCAGGUAUCCAGAAGUAAUGGCCAAACUGCGAAAAGAGCACGACGAUGUCUUCGGUCCAGAUCCAACCACAGUAGCCGAUCAACUGCGAAAAGACGGUCGCCUUUUGAACAAGUUGGAAUACACGCUAGCUGUGAUCAAAGAAGUGACACGUCUAGCACCGCCGGCGAGCACCGUCCGCAAAGCACCUCCUGGCUACAACCUUCACGACCCCAUAACCAACGAAAUCAUCCCAACCGCCCACUUCAUGAUGUGGCCUGUCAACGUGGGCAUAAACCGCUAUUCCAAGUACUUCCACAAUCCAGAUACCUUCAUCCCCGAGAGGUUCCUCCCCGGGAACACCACAGACAACAAAGACGCAUGGAUGUCCUUUUCAAGAGGUCCRAGAAAUUGUAUCGGCCAAGAACUCGCAAUCAUUGAGCUGAAGACGCUUCUUGCGAUGUCGGUACGAUCUUUCGACAUUGUUCCUGCUUAUGAUGAAUUGGACAAAUUGAAAGACGACGGAGCAGGAUAUCCUAAUUUGACUACUGGGAUCUUGGAGCAGUUUGGAGAGAGAGCUUAUCAAGUUCAGAUGGGAACCGCGAAGAUCUCUGAAGGGCUACCUUGUAGAACACGGCUGCGGUCUCAUGUUGCGUCAUGA